GGGCCAAGUUAGGAGCUGAGAUCCAAGAGGGGCUGAAUGCAGAUCAUGCAGGGCCUCAAAGGCCAUGCUGAAGGGCCGGGACUUUGACCAUGGGAUGGGUGGACCACAUUUUAUGUAUCAUCAGUUAUGGCAUCAAAUCGACAGAUAAAGGGUUUCCUUUGGGGCUGAUGAAAAUGUUCUGGAAGUAGUGAUGAUGGUUGCACAACCUUGGGAAAUUGUGACUGUGGUGGAAGUCAUUGGACUGUAGAGUUCAAAUUGGUUAAAAUGCAAAUUUGUGUGUUAUAUUAAUUGUACGAGGGGAAGGGGGGACAAGAAGGGAGAGAGGCAGGAGAGAGAGAGAGAGAGAGAGAGAUCUACUCUAUUAAGCACAUAGUUUUAUCUUGUUUUUUCCAGUGUUUUAGGACCAGGAAAUAUCCCACUAUAAAUCUGAAUUUCCAGCUUCCCUGAGAAAGCCAGAGGACCUGGCCCCAUGGCCCCUAUGCCCUCCAGCCGAGCAGCAGGGUGGAUUUCAUUGCGUAUAAAUUACACCGCAAUAAAGCUGAUUCCCAAAAGUUCCUCAGAAAGGGAGAGGUGAGUUAGUUGGUGUCCAGAGCAAAUCAAACGCUGAAGCUUUAUCGCUGCAAAAACAAACAGACCUAAGACACGAGGAGACAGUGAAAGAUGAAAGGGGAUGGGGUGAGCCUCUCCUCUCUUCCUGUUUUGCCAUCUCUGAAGGCCUCGCUUCCGCUUUCCCUCCUGAGUCCUCCUCUCUCUCUCCCUCCCUUUCUCUCAGAUGAGGGGAAAACUCAGAGGAACUGGGAGAGACUUCUGUGGUCCCUUGAUAUGUGUCCUUUUUCUCUCCUUGUCCUUCCUCUCUGUCUCUCUUCCUUCUCCCUCUCUGCCAUUUCUAUUUCCCUACGUCUUUCUUCCUCUGUGGGUUUUAAGUAAUGGACGCUCUCAUGCAAAAAAAAAAAAGCUUUCCCGGAAUGAGAUGAAUCAACCUGGUAUUGCCGUGUGCGCGUGCGUGUGCGCGGCCUUCGGGGUGAGAACAUUGCGUGGUCCAUUUAAACCCCGUCAGAGUCGGGCUUUCACGGAACUCCACCGGGGAACCCUCCCUGCCUCUCCCUGACCACUAAGUCAAAUCGCUCCCUUCCUCUUCUUGGGGCUCCCUGUUCUCCGCGUGGGUGCGCCUCGCCCCACUCCCGCAGCCUCUGCUUCCUCCUGCUCCUCCCCGGCCCUGAUCGGUCGGGGCUCCCACCCUCCGCUCAUGCUGGCUGGAGUGGGGAUUAGGACCUAGCUCCAGGCACCCUGAGUCAUCACCCCCGCCGGCAGGGCAGCAAGCUGGUCGGAGAGCAGAGGGCUGGGGGUGGGGCUGUGUCUCCCCACCCGGGUCCUUCCUGUCCCCCUCCCUGUGGCGGUGAAGCUCAAUUAGAGGCGAAACGCGCUCCUGGGGAUCAGAGCGAGCCCCACCAUCAGUCCUUCUCAUCCCCUUCCCUCCACUCGGAAAUCGGUCGGGCCGGGGCAGUGAGAGCUAAAAGCCUCGCCAGCUGGAGCCUGGGGCAGGCAGACAGAAGGAAGAGGACAGACCCCGAGACAGCCCGCCAUGGGGCUCGGCACCUUCCUGCUCCUGUGUGCUCUUGGUCUCAGCAGGGCAGACAGAGAGAAGAUCUUCCAUGGUGUUGAGUGCGUCCCUCACUCACAGCCCUGGCAGGUGGGGCUGUUUUCGGGCAGCAGCCUGCACUGUGGGGGGGUCCUCAUCCACCCGAGGUGGGUGCUCCCAGCAGCUCACUGCAGCAGCAGCAGGUACUGGGUGCGCCUGGGGGAACACAGCCUCGGCAGGCUGGACUGGACGGAGCAGUUCCAGCGCAGCGGCCUCUCCGUGACCCACCUUGGCUACCAGGGAGCCCUGCAGAGCCGUGAGCAUGACCUCCGGCUCCUGAGGCUGCUCACACCCAUCCGCCUGACCUGCAGCGUCCAACCGCUGCCCCUGCCUAGCACUUGCGCGGCCGCUGGCACCAACCGCCACAUCUCGGGCUGAGGCACCACCAACUGACCAUGGGAUCCAUUCCCAGACCGACACCAGUGCCUCAACCCCUCUGCUGUCUCCACUGAUGCCUGUCAGGCCGCGUUCCCUGGGAGAAUCACAGCCAACACGGUGUGCGCAGGUGGUGUUGCCGGGAAGGAUGGCUGCCGGCGAGACUCUGGGGGCCUGCUGGUGUGUGGGGGAGUCCUUCAGGGUCUGGUGUCCUGGGGGUCUGUGGGGCCUUGUGGGCAAAAAGGCAUCCCAGGGGUCUACACCUUUGUUUGCAAAUACGUGGACUGGAUCCGGAUGAUCAUGAGGAACAACUGACCGGCUUCCUCCAUCUUCACCCUUCAACGUGGGGGACCCUCAGCAGGAGCCUCCUCCCUACCAUGCCCACUCUCACUCUUGUUGGUUUGGGGAACCUCUUGGAACACUCCUUCCAGCCAGCCCUCCUGAGCCCCAAGAGUGGGAUGGGAAGUCUGUGUGGAAUAAAUGUAUGUAACUGAA